AAGAUGGCGGCGGCGGCAGCAGAGGUGGUGGCGUUGCGCCUGUCGCGGCAGGAGCAGGAGUUGCGCCAGCUGACGGCGGAGGUCGGCCGGCUGAAAGAGCAGGAGGCGUCUUGCAGCCCUGGAAACUGCAGUCCUGAACUGCAGCGGCUGAGAGCCGAGAACGAAAAGUUGCGCUACCGCCUAUUGCAUCUGCGCCGCAGCUUGGCAGCCGAACUGGGCAGGGCAGCGCCGGCGGAGACCACCGCUGGCGGCGAGAAAGCCUCCAGUGCUCGUCCUGCUGUUGAAGUGAGUCAAACUAAAGAGGGAAAGAAAAAAGAAAACACAACUGUGAACCAACCUUGGAAUGCUGUAUUGUGUGAGCCAGGCUUCAUAGAAGACAGACUGAAACUUUACGAAGUGCUGAAGAAGGAACAUGAUGCUUUGUUAGCUUACAGAGCAGCCAACCAGAGCAAACCUAUCACAAUUACUCUGACAGAUGGAAAGAUGAUUGAAGGGGAAUCUUGGAAAACCACACCAUAUCAAUUAGCUGCAGGAAUUAGUCAAGUAUUGGCUUCAAAUGCAGUCAUAGCCAAAGUAAAUGGUGAAUUGUGGGACCUGGAUCGUCCACUAGAGGGAGACUGUACUCUGGAGCUGCUUAUGUUUGAUAAUGAAGAAGCAAAAGCUGUUUAUUGGCAUUCUAGUGCUCAUAUUCUUGGAGAGGCAAUGGAAGGUUAUUUUGGGGGCUGCUUAUGCUAUGGACCACCAAUUGAGAACGGAUUUUAUUAUGACAUGUAUAUGGAAGACAGAGGUGUAUCUAGUACUGAAUUUCCACUACUAGAGGACCGCUGUAAAAAUAUCAUAAAAGAGAAGCAGGCUUUUGAAAGGCUGGAAGUCAAAAAGGAGAUCCUGUUAGACAUGUUUAAGUAUAACAAGUUUAAGUGUCGUAUCCUUAAUGAGAAGGUGAACACACCAACUACCACGAUAUACAGAUGUGGUCAGCUGAUUGAUCUCUGCAGGGGCCCACAUGUGAGACAUACUGGGAAAAUUAAGGCCCUUAAAGUAUUUAAGAAUUCCUCUACGUACUGGGAAGGAAAAUCUGACAUGGAAACCCUGCAGAGAAUAUAUGGAAUAUCCUUUCCUGAUAACAAAAUGAUGAAGGAAUGGGAGAAAUUCCAGGAAGAAGCCAGAAACAGGGACCAUAGGAAGAUUGGAAAGGAGCAAGAACUCUUCUUCUUUCAUGAUCUGAGUCCUGGAAGCUGCUUUUUCCUCCCCAGAGGUGCCUUUAUUUACAACACGCUUGUGGAUUUCAUACGAGGGGAAUAUCACAGGCGUAAUUUCACUGAAGUUGUAUCUCCAAACAUCUACAACAGUAAACUCUGGGAAGCUUCAGGACACUGGCAGCACUACAGUGAAAAUAUGUUCUCAUUUGAGGUGGAAAAGGAAACUUUUGCCCUUAAACCUAUGAAUUGUCCAGGACAUUGCUUGAUGUUUGCCCAUCGUCCACGAUCCUGGAGGGAGAUGCCUCUUAGACUUGCAGAUUUCGGAGUUCUUCACCGAAAUGAACUCUCUGGCACUUUAAGUGGCUUGACUCGAGUAAGGCGCUUCCAGCAAGAUGAUGCUCACAUCUUUUGCACAAUUGAACAGAUUGAAGAAGAAAUUAAGGCCUGUCUGGACUUUUUGAAGUCAGUAUAUGCCGUCUUUGGCUUUACCUUUCAACUUCAUCUUUCUACAAGACCUGAAAAUUAUCUAGGAGAGUUAGAGGUCUGGGAUCAUGCGGAAAAGCAACUUCAAAACAGCUUGAAUGACUUUGGAGAGCAAUGGAAUUUGAAUCCAGGAGAUGGGGCAUUUUAUGGUCCUAAGAUUGAUAUUAAAAUCAAAGAUGCUAUCGGCAGGUAUCAUCAAUGUGCUACUAUCCAACUGGACUUCCAGCUACCCAUUAGGUUUAAUCUUACUUAUGUUGGUAAGGAUGGUGAUGAUAAGAAAAGGCCAGUGAUUAUUCACAGAGCUGUUUUGGGAUCUGUGGAGAGAAUGAUAGCUAUUUUAGCAGAAAAUUAUGGAGGAAAAUGGCCAUUCUGGCUGUCUCCAAGGCAGGUCAUGGUCGUGCCUGUGGGACCUACUUCUGAAGAGUAUGCCCAGCAGGUUUGCAAUGAAUUUUUUGAAGCUGGAUUUAUGUCAGAUGUGGAUCUAGACCAAAGCUGCACGUUAAACAAGAAAAUCAGAAACGCACAGCUGGCCCAGUAUAACUUUAUCUUAGUGGUCGGAGAAAAGGAGAAAGCAAAUAAUGCUGUCAACGUGCGAACAAGAGACAACAAAGUUCACGGAGAGAUGUCAGUAUCUUCUGCUAUAGAGAAGCUCAAGAGACUGAAGAGUUCAAAUAUUCUAAAUGCAGAAGGAGAAUUCUGAUGUUGCUAUUUGGAAAUACACAAA